AUUGACAGGGCUAUUAUAUGAAAUCUGUAGCUCGUUUAUCGAAGCAAACUAUUUUUUGUUAGACGGAAGUAAAUACUUCUGGUUAUUAGAGUUCGUGAACAAAAUUUGUGGCUAUAAUUUAUUCUCGAUUCAACUAAUGUUAGAAAAGGAGUGGGGAGAUGUAUGCUGGGUCUCAAGAACACGUGCGCGUAUAAUAGCAACUAUAGAGAUGCGACGUACCCAAUGAUGACAUUUGAUUUUCCCAGAUUUAUAUAAUUUGCUCUGAUUGGCUGCAAGAUUUACAUACGUCAGAACGUUUUGCGGAACACUGAAGAAAAGAAACGGAACUGGAAUGAAUGUUACUAAAGUGUUCGUGUAUGGGACUUUGAAGCAAAAUGAACCGAAUCACUACUGGAUUCUCGACAAAAGUGAAGGAUUUUCCAGAUUUAUUUGCAAAGCACAAACCGUUGAAAAAUAUCCAUUAAUUAUUGCUUCAAGAUACAAUAUUCCUUUCUUGCUGGAUGUGCCCGGCCAGGGACAUCACGUGAUCGGAGAAGUAUAUGAGGUUGAUGAAUCUAUGUUGAAACAUCUCGACGUGUUAGAAGAACACCCAGACUUCUAUGUCCGAGAAAUAAGAGAAGUACAGUCGGAAAAUAAAAGAAUAGAUGCUUGGGUGUAUUUCAUAAAAAAAUUUAGACCAAAUCUUUUGAAUGAACCAUUUUUAGAAGAAUAUUCCUCUUAUGGGUCUCAUGGAAAGCGAUACGGUGAGGGAGAGAACAGUCAUUCUUCUUAUGACGCUAAGAAGGAUAUUCAAGGCAUUGAAUGACAGGGCAAAUUGUUUAACAUUCUUAUUAUAAGUGAUUUAAAUAAAUAAAAUGUAAAAAAGUGCAUUUUUGGUAAUUGUGACACAUGAAGGUGAACAUUUUUUAUAUUAUUGAAAAUAAGCCUCCUUUAUUACCGAGAAUUAAAUUCCCCCUUCAUUAAUAUGUUCUGCAGUCAUGUAAAAUGAAAUUAUAUUGAAAAUAAUUUGAGUGUUUAAAAUACAUUGAGUUUUGUACGGAACACAUCUAAUACUUUUCAGGGCAGCGCUUUAUUUAAAUAUUUUAUUUUCUUCUGUUAUUAGAUUCAAUUUAAUAAUCACUGUCCAAAGUUUCAAAAAAGGAAACAUUUUUUAUUGAACAUUUAUUCACACCAUGACUUGCUGAAGACAUUUCAUCUUGUGUGUUAUCUAGUGGUAAUUCUCUUUGCGAUCAGAUCCUAUUCUAAUGGAAUAUUUUCAUAUACUUUUUCUUAUAAAUUGUACAUCUUGAAUUUGGUUCAAUGUAGUUUUUGUACCUUCAACAUCUUCCUAAAUAAAAUUAAAACAUUUACAUAUUUAGUGUAAAAUUUAACUCUUUUUCUUGAUGACACAUCCUCUCAGGUCACUGCUUUUUGCUAGUUUCACUGGUAUGUGUACAGUUAUCAAUGAAGUAACAUCAGUUUUCAUGAAAUGUAUGCAAUGUAAAUAGUAAUAAAAUUCUUCUUACCAAAACCUUCAAUAUUCUUUCAAAUAUUCUCUGCCUCUUGUUUUAUUUAUUGCUAAGUAAUCUACUUUCUUAGAGCAUGUACUUCAUUGAUCGUGUGAAUAAUUUAAAAUGAAUUUUAUUAAGAUAUCCAUUUGAACAUAUUUUACCAUUCUGAAACGAAUACAACAGAAAUUAUAGUAUAAAACUUAUUAAAUGAAAACCUUAUUUUAUUAACCUUGAAACAACAAAAUUAUCAGUAACUUUAACUUUUCUCU